CGCCGUUGCAUGUUUCUCCAGCAAGGAAUGUUGCAUUGGGCAACAGCGGGGUUUCGAUUGCGAGAGCAACGAGUGCAGGCAGUGGCCCAAGAGGCGGCGACACGGGCCCAGCGUGUUUGGCGGAAAGUGGCCCAAAUCGCCUCGCACUGGCGCUAUGUGGCGCUUCGAGGGCGACGCCCAAAUCGUUCCAGCUCGAGCUCCGUUCGAUACGAGGUAUCGCCGACUUUACGCACGCUUGGGGUAAGCGGCAUCGAUAUGGCACCCGCGGCGCGAAUCUCAAGGCCGGCACCGAGAAAGCCGGUGGAUCUUCUCGUCAACGACGUGAACGUGCACGGUGUGGCCAAGUACGACGUGCAAUAUACAUUCGACAAAUCGCUCGCGGCGAUACAAACUUUCGUUCGACCGACAGACGCGAUGUCAUCGCUACAAGAACCCGCCUAUGCAGUGUUUGACCAAGAGACGCUCCUACGAGACUCAACAAAAGUCGAGGAGACUUCGUCUAUCUUCGUCGGUCCCGCAGACGAAGCUACUCCGUCAACGAGGGGUUCAAAACCAACUGUCAGUCCUGUGCAGCAUCUCGAGAUGGCUCUUCGAGAAAUGGAAGGCCGACUGCACUACUGGCAACAGAAGAAGCUCGAGUGGAAAAUGCACAAGCACCAGAUGCAGGCAGUUCGAAGCCAUCUCAACGGCUUGCGCGCAAAUGAUGCUUCGGCCGAGACCGUUGACGUUCUCGAGCGAGCGUUGGUCGCCAUGGAGGCGACGCACGCGGACCAUCAAGCUGCUUUCCAAGUCUCGAAAAAAGAAAUGACUGCCUACACAGAUCAGAUUCAGCGCCUUCGUAGGCAUGCGGCCAACUAA